AUGAGCCAGUCGGGAUACCGAUACGUGUUGCCUGAUGGCUACAGUUUGCAUCAAGGUUUCGGCUCUUGCAUACAGUCCGUCCACGACUCUGCGACACAACCUGCUGGGAGCGUUUCUUAUGGCCUGUCGGCGGGACACGGCGAUGCUCCUGCUCCCGCCUAUGGAAGCAUGAUUCCUGGGUUGGGUCUGGGACGACCCAGCAACGCAACGCCCGGGUCGAGCCUAGAAUUACCUGCACCAGCUGCAGCGUGGCAACCAGGGCCGCCGAAUCCCCCCUUUCACGAUUCGGCUGCGCAAAUUCCGCAUAGGGGUCACGUUGCGUCGAAAGAAUCCGGUUCCGUCCCGUCUGGGGCCACGGGCUCAGAAGAUGGCGAGGCUACAGAAGACGGAGAACUUGAGGAUGUGUAUGAACCUAUGGAAACCGUCACAGAUAUGACACGAAAAGAGCUGCCAGAUGUCGUCGGAAACCAAGACUCUACGGAAGCUGGGCAUCUUUCAAAUGAUACCAGAGAACGAUCUGGGUCAUAUUCGCCGUACCUGUCUCCCCAUGAAUUGCCACAGCCUAGCUCCCGUUUACCUAGCUCUCCAAUAGUGCAAAUGCAGUCCAACGCUGGUCCACCUACUUCCAAGUCGUCAACUGGCGAUCAAGUUACCUCACAGUCGACAACGAAUCAUUCUGAGCAGACGCAUCUAUCCGGUUUGUCGCAUUUGGAAGACGCCAGAAAACAGGCCAGUGACACCAUACUUCGCCUGUGGCCAUUCAACGUCCGAUAUCAAACUUAUGUCGAGGAAGGAGUCGAUGAGACACUUUUGAAGUCUUUGUUCAAGGACCUAGGCCUUGAGAUUCUCGAGACGAAGCGUGUCCCUGAGCAGCCGCGCUUAAAGUCGACCCCGCCAGUUGAACGUCCUAAACCAAGACCGAGCAUCGUCGAAACGAAACCUACCAAGUCAUCAACGUCGGCGGCCGAAGAACGCAAAGACCGCAUAGCUCGGCUUCUUGCUGCAAAGGGGUCGAAACCAGCUCCUGCAGCGGCAUUGGCUCCCGUGCCGCCAGUGAACUCAGCUGCUGCAGAGGCCAAGGAAUCCGUGGCCAAGGGCUCCAAGCCGUCAUUGACACAGUCGGAAAAGUCCAAACUGUUGCAGGAAAAAAUGGCUGCUCUUCAAAAGGCCCGCGAAGCACUGCAGCUGCGAAAGUCGGAACAUUCCGAAGGAGGCGACUCCAGCAAAAGCGCCUCAACCCCGGCGUCUUGCAAGGCUGUGAAUGGUGGUGGCAUGGAUGUGUCUGGUAUUUCAGGACCAGGGCUUACAGCGUCCAUACCCGAGUCAUCGUUACCGCAGACAAGGCAAGUCGUACCCACCCCCGAUUCUGUUGGACAGCCUGCAGCAACUCCAAGGAUAUUGGAAGUCCAGCAUUCACACGCAGCUCCAGCCUUUGAUCGAAACGUGGAGUCUCGUCCCUUCCUGAUAAACGUGAGCGACGACGAGAAUGACGAAGACGAGGAAAUGGAAAUCGACUCGCCGGGACGGCCGGAGACACCGUCCAAUCUUCCCGGUACGCCAGGGCAGCGCGGCGCUUCGUUGCAGCACCCUGCUACUUUGUCAGAUUCCGCUCCUGUCCGCCAGGCGGGGAGUCAAGCGUCGAUAUCAUCCCCGCUGAGAACCGCGAGCCGAGAUCACAGCGGGGACUUGGAGAGCAUGAACAAGCAAAUUGAGGAGAUGAAGCAGAAGAUUGCAGAAGCCGAAGCUCGUAAGAGGGCCAAGAAUUCUCGAGCCUGCUCCCCGGUCCUCUCUCCGCGCAACGGCAGCUCGGUUGAUGGAGGCUCGGGCUUUGCCAGCCAUCAAGCUACGCCAGGUACCCCUUGCCUGGAGCCGGACCCAGCUGUCCGUCCGCAACCGAGCAGACGCUCGCGUUCCCGCGUUGCAAGCGAACGUUUACCAUUACUCGAAGCUCGGCGCAGAGAGCAGCUCGAGAAACUCAAAAGCCUCCAGUCCGAAGUUGCCAAGAUUGAAAGGGAGCUGGAAGCGGACUUGGUCGAAGAGCGGCGACUUAAAAGAGACAUGUUGAAUUCCGACUCGGACAAGAACGGCGAUGUUGAAGAUGUCGUUGUUCCAUUGCUCACUUCAGGAUCUGCUUCAACCCACGAAGGGAUCAGCAUGGCGGGGGAACCGGCUCCACAAUCCACGGACGAGGACGAAGCAAUGCCGUUAUUCGAAGCCCAGGAUGAAGCGCCGUCUACCCGCUCAUCCGAUUCCAACAAAGUCGCCCAUUCGUGCGGCGACGUGGGCGAGCGGCCGGAUGGAGGGUCAUAUGAGGCAGGCAACCUAUCUCCCGGAAAGGAGACACUGAUUGAACAUGCCGCAUCCAGCGCCGCUGCCAUGGUCGACGGCCGUGAAGAUGUGGCAAUGGAAGAUACUGGCUACUCGGCGGACGAAGAUGCUGAAGCGGAAUCUGACGAUGACUACGAGCCCGCAGAUGCCGCUCCACCACUGCCUGCGGAGGUUAGCAGAGAUGACAUGGAGAUGCGGGAGAGAGACUCGGCAGUUGCGGCAGAAGCGGUUCCGGCUACUGAUCAAACCAUGUUGGCCCCAGAUGGGUUCACGGAGGCAGCAGACAACCUAGGAAAUGGACAUGGAUAUGACGCCAACGCAGCGGCGGCGAGCGAAUGCAAAGUGCCUGACGCUUCCAGGUCCAAGUUUGUGCCGUAUGAGACGCCGCUGCAGUACUUUCACGCGUACCGGUUCCAUCCACAGUUCAAGCAGACUGUGGCCGGUGGGUUGCGCUCGUUAACGUACAGCAAUAAAAUUGAUGUGAAGAAGGAAUUGUGCCCGGACGAGCUCAGUGGUCAGCAAUGCCCAAGGGGAAGCCGGUGCGACUUUCAGCAUUUCGAGACAAUGCAAGCCCCCGACGAUCAGAUCCUGCUCCAACUGGGGGCAGCCGACCACUACGAUGAGAAGCAACGAACCGAGUACAUCAGUGGUCUAAGGCAACUCCUCACCACCUAUCGAAACCAGAGAGUCAAGGACUUUAACACAAUCAGCCAAGGAAUUGUUGAUUAUCGGGCGAGAUUCCUGGGGGACAAGACCAAAAUCCUUCCUCUGGGUCAUGUUGCUCUUUGA